AUGGCGACCGCAAACACCCUCCUGACCCCCUUCGCCCGCCCUUCCACCUCCCCCGCGAUCCUGCUCCCCGCCUCAUCGCAUCUGCCCAACACGACGCUGAGCUAUCGCCAGCUCGCUUCCCACAUCGAUUCCCUGCGCCAACAACUCGAAGCUUGGUCAGGAGCAUUGCAAGUUGGGGAUGUGGUCAGUAUGAGCCUGAUCAAUGGGCCCGAGUUUGCGAUCGCUUUCUUGGGUGUCGGCAGUCAUCGGUCAGUUCUCUCCCACGUUCUGACCGACAUUCCUUCCGAGUGAGGACCGCAUCACGUCCUACCGCACACACCACUCAUCGCCAAAGUUUUCUCAACCCCUCCCCUCCAGAUGCGUCGCAGCCCCUUUGAACCCGACCUACAACCCCUCCGAAGUAGCCUUCUACCUCGAAGACACGCAAUCGCGCCUCGUACUCGUCCCUUCGGGAGCGAUCAAAGCGAACCAUUCCGCCGUUCAAGCUGCGAGGAAAUUGAACGUCCCCAUCGCUGAAAUUUCGUUCGAUAGCAAGAAGUUAUCCUUGGACUUUGAGAAGAAGAAUUUACCGGGUAGAGGAAAGAAGGUUGAAGGCAGUGGCCAGCCGAGAGAGGAUGAUGUGGCGCUGGUUUUGCACGUAAGUUUUGCUUAGAGAGGAGCAUUGGAGGCGGCCCCUAUACGGUGAUCCGCGCUUAUGUUCUUCCGUCGCUCACUAUAGACGAGUGGUACGACCGGUCGUCCCAAGGGUGAGUCAGCGAUCUGCGCUGUAGUAACCCUGCGAUCGGAUGACUGAUACCCCAGCAAUCGUCGUGACUCUCAGCCGUGCCCUUGACUCACCUCAAUCUCGCCACGACGAUGCAAAACAUCGUCAACACGUACAAGCUCACCGCGCGUGAUCGCACCUACCUCGUCAUGCCUUUAUUCCACGUCCAUGUGCGUACAGAACGAGUUAAAACUGAACACAAAGAGUAGCGAUUGAUUCUCGUCGACUCUCUUCUUCUCAGGGCCUCCUCGCAGGCUUUUUGGCCCCGCUGCUCUCGGGAGGCUCCGUCGUCAUUCCUCCUAAAUUCUCGGCAGGAACCUUCUGGGCCGAGUUCAUCGGCGCUAAAGCCAAUUGGUACACUGUACAUACCUUCCCCGCUCACUGAAUACCUUUUCUCUCCUUUACCCGUGGAGCUCAUCGAAACCUAAUGUCCAUUCUCCUCAGGCCGUUCCUACAAUCCAUCAAAUCCUGUUGAGUACCAAGUUGCCCAACCCUAUUCCCGACAUCCGUUUCAUCAGGAGUUGCUCGAGUGCUUUGGCUCCUGCCACGUUGGAGAAGGUUCGUUCUCGGGUCUUCGAGACAAGGGACGGAGUACUUGAGCUAAAGCAGUUUGACAUCCCUCGUUCGCAGGUCGAGAAGGCGUUCAACGCACCUGUGCUAGAAGCUUGUACGUCUCAUCAACCCCCCCCCCCCCUUUUUUUGAUGCAAAAUCUCAAGCUAAUACACUCUUCACUAAACAGACGCCAUGACCGAAGCCGCGCACCAAAUGACCUCGAACCCCCUCCCCCCUAUGGCCCGGAAACCCGGAACGGUCGGCAUCGGCCAAGGCGUAUCGAUCCGCAUCCUAUCCCUCUCCGAAGACAAGGACGUCGAAGAAGGCGAAGUCGCGAUCAAAGGGUCGAACGUUACUUUGGGAUAUAUUAAUAAUGAGAAGGCGAAUAAGGAGAGCUUUACAAAGGAUGGGUACUUUAGGACGGGCGAUCGAGGCAAGUUGGAUCCGGAAGGGUACUUGACCCUUACGGGGAGGCUGAAGGAAUUGGUACGUCAAUUCGGCGGGGAUUUUCUUCGCUUCUUUUACUUCUUACUGAUCACGAUGAAGCUGAUACCGUUCAUAGAUCAACCGAGGUGGUGAAAAGAUCUCCCCUCUCGAAGUCGACGCGGCCUUACUCUCCCUCCAAAACGUCAACGAAGCCGUCGCGUUCGGUGUACCCGACCAAAAAUACGGUGAAAAAGUUUGGGCCUGCGUUGUCAUCAAGGCAGGAUCGUAUUUGAAGGAGAAGAAUAUCAUUGAGCAAGUUAGGAAGAAGAUCUCGAGCUUCAAGUGCCCCGAGAAGGUGUUUGUCUUGGAUUCGAUCCCCAAGGGUCCGACGGGCAAGAUCAAUCGACGCAAUUUGGCGGUGAGUCGGAGAUUGAAGAGUGUUCUACGUGUGGGUUGGUCGGGUCCUGAUCUGGGCUUGUGUUGCUUUGUGGUUGCAGACCAAGUUUGCGCAACAGGAGAAGGAGAACGAGGGCAAGGCCAAGCUCUAA